AUGGCGUCCAGAGGAGCUGCCAAACGUCCAGAAGGUACAGACGGCAGUGACUACCAGAGCAGAACUGUGAUCGCCAACAGAUACUUAGCCAGUGCGAAAGCCAAAUCCAGAAUGAAAAUGUUCAUCUUCGCUCAUUACAUUCUACACGUCGUCACUGUCUCAAUCAUGAUGCUAUGUAAACACUUGGAAAAAGACCAGGCCAAAAUUAACCAGAACCCCUUUGUAAUAUCGCCCUGGUUAUUAGUCUGGCUAGGCAGUAGUAUACCGUGUGGAUUAGCUUACAUUUCACUUUCAAAGAACAAACUAGCUCUGAUUAUAGUUUAUGUCUGGGGUUCGAUUUUUCUCGGAUUUUGUCCGUUAGCAAUGGCGUUAUACCAGCUGUUUAACACGAAGCACGAUCCUGCUAAGAUGAUAUUCAUAUUAGACGUGGUGGCGCUGCCUAUCGCCGAGUUGUUCAUUUGUGUGCUGGGGUGUAUGGUCCAGUUGGGAGGUUUCAUCAACGCCAAGAUCCUCAGGGAUGCCUGGAUGUCGAGGAAGGAAUCGUAA